UUCCUCUUUUCCCUUUCCUCUACUUCAGAAAGUUUUUAUUUUUACUUUUAGAAACGAUUUUUUUAGAGAAAAAUUACAUAAAUUCAUUUUUCACACAGUAAUCAACCCAGUUAAAUCGUAAAUAAGAUCCACUUUGUAACGAAGCAAAGUAAAAGUUGUGAUUUCCUUAUACUGUUAGUCCUACUGAUUAUUACAUUACAAAAGCAAAAGCAUACAAAUAGUGGGAUGUCUAACGGUUGCUCUACUUAGCAUCGACCCGCCAGAUGAUGUGAUCAAGUAACAAGUCAGUCUGCACUUUCCACAUGGCGGCAGGUUCGAUUUCUCGUGAUGAAUUCCAAAGCCUGGUAAAAAAAUUUGUCGAUAUAUCCAACAAAAUCGAUGAUAAAUGGCAUUUGGUAACUGCGAGUAGCAGCACUUAUAUGCUCAAGAAAAUGUUAGCUACCACAGUGUGCUGUAACAGACUUGAAAAUAUAAGCAAUCAAAUGGUUUCAGAUAUGGAAAUUGAGAGUUUGGAAGAUGUCAGUUGCAUGCCAGAUGUUAGUGAGAGUAAAACACUGACCUAUGAAUAUCAUGUUGUUUACAAUGAAAGUUAUGCUGUUCCUGUCCUGUAUUUUAAUAUCUUUACAAAUGAUGGUAGAUUGUUACCUUUAGAUGAAGUUUGGAGUCAGUGUCCUACACACUAUCAAACACAUUUAAAAGACAACAAAUGGAGCACUCUGACACAGCAGGAACAUCCUCUACUUGGGCGGCCAUUUUUACAACUUCAUCCAUGUCAUACAGCUGAUUUCAUGGCCCAGGUCAUAUCAAAGUCAAGUCAGAAAAUAAAUUAUUUGGCUUGUUGGCUUAGUACUGUUGGACCAAUGGUUGGUCUGAAUAUCCCUUCUGAUUACAUGUGUAAGGAUUAAAUGGAAUUUGGCCUAAUCGUAUCUUUAAUUCAUACUGUAAUGAUCAAUAUUUCAUGCAUAUUCUUAUCUUGAAUAAAUUGUUACAAUGUUA